AUGGACGAUUUCUAUUUGUUCGCAAACUGCAACUUCGUCCCGGAUCAGUACGCCGCUUGGCAAGCAGCCUACGACGACCUCGCAACCUACGUCUACGCCAAUGAGCACACGACCAAGACAUACUACUUCGGCAUCCCCAUUGACUACGCCCAUGAUUUCAACGCCACCACCAGCAUGCUGGCUUUCGAAGUCUACGGCCGCAGAGAGGACCUCUACACAACCCACCUCAGCUCCCCCGCCAUGGCGACCUUCCUCAAGCGCAUCGAACCAACGACGACAACGAACCUCGACCUCGCACACUACCGUCUCAUCGCUGGCUUUCUCGACAACAACGGCGACGCACCUCCUGCGGGCAUCCUCCAAGAUACUCGGCUUACCUGCGUGUCGCCAUCUGCUCGAUGCUCUGUCCUUGCCUCCCUGACUGACCUCUUGAACAACGUACACGAAGAGGAGAAACACAAUGGAGGGAAGAACGGGGUGCUCACGUACAUGGCUUUUGAGUGCCUUGAUGACGAUGUUGGUGUGAGGAUUUUAGGGCGCUGGAGAGAUAGGAAGGAUAUGGAGAUAUUCGUUCGAAGGGGGGAUGUGGAUAGAUUUUGGCAGGGGCAGAAGCCACAGAUUUCGAGGAUGGAGCAGAGGUGCUAUGUGCCGAAUGGGAAGGGGUGGUUGCAUCGGGGUUGA